AUGGCUGUGGAGGAACUUCAAUCCAUAAUAAAGAGAUGUCAAAUCCUAGAAGAAGAAGACUUUAAAGAAGAAGAUUUUAGCUUAUUUCAGUUAGCAGGCCAAAGAUGCAUAGAUGAAGGGCACAUAGACCAGCUAUUAGAAAUUAUUCAAAAUGAAAAGAAUAAGAUCAUCAUCAGGAAUAUGGGCUGGAAUCUUGUUGGGUCUGUUGUUCGAUGCCUUUUAUGGAAUGAUAAAGAAGAUGAUAAAAGAAAAGAGUAUUUUCUGAUGCUUGAUUUAUUGGUAAAGUUAUGUAAUCCAAAGGAAUUAUUGUUGGGUUUGCUUGAACUGAUUGAAGAGGCCUCUGGAAAAAAGAUAUACCAAGUUAUUCUUCUUUUACUUCAACCGUUACAGACAGUGAUUCAGAAACUUCAUAACAACAAGGCAUAUUCAGUUGGAUUAGCAUUGUCUACACUUUGGAAUCAACUGUCUCUUCUUCCUGUUCCAUACUCAGAAGAACAAAUACAAACAGAUGAAUAUGGUCUUUGUCAGUGUUGCAAGGCCUUAAUAGAUUUCACUAAGCCUUUUGUGGAAGAAGUCAUUGAUGCCAAGGAAAAUUCACUAGAAAAUGAAAAGUUAAAAGAUGAGUUACUGAAAUUUUGUUUCAAAAGCUUGAAAUUCCCUUUGCUGACAGCACAAUUCCGUAAACAGCCUGAAGAAGCUGGAAAUGAUCCUUUAAGGUGUUUUGCAUCUGAGAUAAUAGGUUUUUUGUCAGCAGUUGGAGACCCUUUCUCCAAAAUGAUUUUAAAUCAUGGAAAGAAAAAGAGGAUUUGGAGAUAUCUUGAAUUUGAGGAAGAAGAAGACAAACAGUUAGCAGAUGCCAUGGCUUCUCUUGCAUAUCUAGUAUUUGUACAGUGUAUCAGUAUUGAUCAGCUUCCAAUGGUCUUAAGCCCAUCGUACCUUUUGCAGUUCAAUAUGAAGCAUAUUGAAGUCUUUUUGCAAAGAACAGAAGAGUCUGUUUUCUCCAAAGGAUUGGAUCUGUUGGAGAAUGGUUUAUUGAGAAUAGAAGACAAUAGUUUACUUCACCAGUACUUAGAAAUCAAGAGUUUUCUUACUGUGCCUCAGGGCUUAGUGAAGGUAAUGACGCUUUGCCCCACUGAGACACUGAGGAAAAAGGGUUUAGCCAUGCUGCAGCUGUAUAUUAACAAGUUGGACUCACAAGGCAAAUAUACAUUAUUUAGGUGCUUAUUGAAUACAAGUAAUCAUUCAGGAGUCGAAGCCUUUAUUAUUCAAAAUAUCAAAAAUCAAAUUGAUGUGUCAUUAAAGAGAUCAUAUAAUAACAAAUGGUUUACAGGACCAAAGCUAAUUUCCCUUUUAGACUUGGUACUCUUUCUUCCAGAGGGUGCUGAAACAGAUCUGCUGCAAAACUCAGAUAGGAUUAUGGCUUCAUUAAAUUUAUUGAGGUAUUUGAUUAUCAAAGAUAAUGAAAAUGACAAUCAAACUGGAUUAUGGACAGAACUUGGGAAGAUUGAAAAUAAUUUCUUAAAGCCACUCCACACAGGACUUAAUAUGUCAAAAGCACAUUAUGAAGCAGAAAUUAAAAAUAACCAAGAAAAUAGCCACGUCCAGAAGUCCAAAGAUACUUGUUCUGUAACUGUAUGUGGAGAGGAGAUGCCUAAUAUGCCUCCUGAAAUGCAGCUUAAGGUCCUACAUUCAGCGCUCUUCACGUUUGAUUUGAUUGAAAGUGUUCUAGCUCGAGUAGAGGAACUCAUUGAAAUAAAAACAAAGUCUACCUCUGAAGAAAAUAUUGGGAUAAAGUGA